UAUUUCUUUUAUUCAAUUAUUGAAGUUAUUGGCAUACAAAUUAAAGGCAUUGAAAUUUUAUCUUUGUUGCUGAAAAAAGGUUUUAUCAGUAUUAUUCAUAAGAUCAUAAUUGUUACUUAAUCGGACUUGGCCAUCUAAAACCGAUGCAUUAACACAACUACCUACGUGGUAUCGCAUACGAUAAAUCUCAAUAUGUAUGUUCAUUUAUAAAAAUGAAUACAUUAAGUAUAGGAAAAGGGAGAGUAUGAAGUUCCUCUGACAUCGCCCGUCCAUUAUUGAACAUCAUUGAUUGUUCGUUAAACAGUCUGACUAUGGCGUCUUACACACAUUAAUAUUCAAACGUCCACAGAGACAGGAUUUUUGGCUCUGAAAAACCUCAAAGGAGUGGUUGUAAGCGUGACGUAAUGUCUUCCCACGACCCAUUUGACUUUAUGAAGACAUCGAUACGGAAUUGAUAAAUAACAAUGCAUCUGAAAUUCGUGUUGUGACAUUGGGAAUGUUUCGAAGGGUUGACAUUUAGUGAAAGGACCUUUUCUUGAACGAAGCUCUCGCAAUGAACGCUAAUAUGAUGAGUUUCCCACAGUUGAUUCUCGCCUUAUCUCUUCUGACGGUGCUACUACAAAAAACUAGUGCAAUAUUUACAGAUGACAUUCUGGUGCCAAAAUCCUUUUCCCCAGCGGGUCUUUUAGAAGAGAGUUUACCGACAAAUAAGAGGUAUGCUAUGCUGUCCUACAAUUUUGGAUCAAGCAGAAGGUACUCGCCGACCUAUUUACAAAGCCGAAGAAAUGCCUAUGUCCCAAAGCGAUACAGGUACAACUACUUUCGGCGUCCGUGGGAAAAUCUUCCUGACUUUCACUGUUACCGGAAGCGAUGUGACUCGUCAUCAGAUUGUUGUCAACGUCAUAAUAUUUGUGAUCCAUAUGUGAAAGUGUGUCAUGACUGCUGGCAUGGAUAUAAAUGCCAAACUUCGAACGAUUGCUGCAGUCGGUACCCGUAUUGCCAUCCCCACAAAAAGGAGUGUUACAAUUGAUUGAUAGUUCGCCAUCAGUCUGUUCAAGGCUAUACUCCAUCGACAAUUACCCCAAAUUAUGAUCAAUUUAUUUUUUGUCCAGCAAGAAUUAUAAUAAUAAAGGUUUCAUAAAAAAAUAACAGCGGUAUUGAGAUGUCAUAAAAGAACUAAUGGAUUUCUGGUUCCAACUAGUGUCAUUGAGACAUAUCAAGUAUUGCAUCCCAUCAAUAUUAUACUGUCCUGGUUACCUUUGGAUCGAUCAUUAUAAAUCGACAGUUGACAAAAGCAUGUCGAUCGUUUAAUGCAUCAAUUGUCUCAAAAUGAGAACAAAAUUACUUCACUAUUUGAAUCGCAUUGAAUAAAGGUUUAGAGGAAAUAGUUUCCAAUUUUUUUGAAAUUGCAUUUAAUUGAAGAAUAAAGCUUUUCUAAAUGUAUUCUAUUACUUAAUGAUGGAUACGAAGGAUAAAGGAGAACUGAAGUACAUAAGAUUUGUAUAAUAUCUACUUAUUGAUCGAUAAAUAGUACACACAUUAUUGAUAUAUUUUGCUGUUUGAACAUAUAUAAUUGUAUUAACAUAUAACGAUGGUUCAAACACAGGUUCUGACAAUUAUUGGGUUCUUACCAUACUAUUUUAUAUCUUGCUUUAGUAUUUUAAAAUGUUUAUCAAAACACUGGCGUAUUUGCAAUAAACCUUUGUAUCCUCAUAAUAAGAUAAGCUCUUUAACAGAUCAGAAUAUUGCCCGAUCAUAUGCACGCCCUUUAAGUUAAAGAUUUUGUAGCGAGAGUUAAUUGAAAAAUUAAAAUGUAUUUACAAAAUUAAAAGCCAACCAAUAUCAAAAACAACAUAUUUAUAUAUUUUAGAAUCUAAUUAUAUGAAAUAUGAAAUCAAUAUGUGGCAUAUUUUAGAUCUUAUAUACAUACAAAAUUUUAUUGUAUUAAAAGGAGAACAAAGCUACAUGCAUAUAUGACACUUUCUUGUGUUUUAGAAAAAAUGGUAGGUUUUUUCCGAUUCCAUCAGUCUGAGAUUGAUGACUUAUUUUCAGUUUAAAGAAUCAGUUCCCUUGUAUCGUCAAAUGUGUAAUAGAAUACUAU